CGAAACUCUGAGCAGCGACUGAGGGCCCGGCUGGAGGCAGGGACGGUCAGACCCGCUUAGUUUCAGCGAGACCGUUUCCUCAGGAGUAGUGCGGGACUCUACCGGGCCCAGGUCGCUGCCGUCGCCGCGGGACAGAGCAGCCCUCCGUGAGCAGCCUUUAAGAGCGCCUCCGUACUCGCCACCUCGGAUGUGGAGGUGGCGGCAGGAGCUGGAGGCGGAGCGACCUGGGCUGGGAAGGCCGAACGUGAAAGCGAAAAGCAGGGAGCAAAGCCCUGCUACUCGCGCCGUCUGUCCCCUGAGGCCUCCGGGAAGGGGAAUUCCACCCAUUUUCGUCGGUCGGCUUUCCGGUGAGGGGGAACUCCAAGGAACCCAUUUUACAGGCCCUCUACCCACUUCUUCCAACUUCUCAGCCCCUUCUGGUGUUUUAGGUGUCGUUAUCCGGCCUCUCUGUGUGUGUGCGCGGGGUGGGGGGUAGAGUUCCCUUGUUUCUUUGUAGGGAAGGAUGAUGGUUGGCUCCAUAUCCCACGAGCAGUCUUUGUAGUCCCCUGAAGAAGUCCUCCCACAUCAGCCUCCCGUAAAACCCCUCGCAUAAGAGGAACUACAGAUGCGCGAGAGAAGACCCGGGAAGCUAAAAGAAAUAAGCGAUUUUGCCCUGCCUCCCAGCUCCGGCGAGAGAAAAGUAAAAUCCUCAACGUGCUUGUCUCUUUUUUUCUUUUUAAGCAAUGUUAUCGUGACGAAAGUAAGUUUUCUACAGUAUGCACUGUUGCGUGUCAGCCCAGAGGCGCUGAAACUAGUUGGCCUUUUUGCACAUGUUUCUCCCGACUUGGCUUUUGAAAGACCUGUGGACCAGGAUUAAAUAGGAAGGGAGCUGGAGACUGGGUUGGUUGAACCUAUUCGUCUGCUUGGAAGAACUUGAGUAGUUACUGCUACUUUUGGACUAUAACGUUUUCUCAGCAAGAUUAUUUAUCACCUUCUGAAUUUCAGUGCUGUGGAUUAUUUAAUGAAUGGACAAUGUAGUCAAGCUGGAUGGAUGGCUGCUGCACUCCCUGAAAUGUUUUUGGAAAUUAUCAUGCAAAGUUACUAAAAAGAGCUGAUAUUGCUGGAAAACUUUGGCUUCUGGCAAAGCCAUUUUUCCCUCAACAAGAUGAUGUGUGAGGUGAUGCCGACCAUCAGUGAGGCAGAGAUUCCUUCAGGGGGAAGUGGAAGCCAUGGUUCAGGUUCUCCACUACAGUCAGAUGCUGAUUCCCAUUUCGAGCAAUUAAUGGUAUCCAUGUUGGAGGAACGAGAUCGUCUUCUGGACACCCUGCGAGAGACUCAAGAGACACUAGCAUUAACCCAGGGUAAAUUGCAUGAAGUUGGUCAUGAAAGAGAUUCUCUACAACGACAGUUGAAUACUGCUCUUCCCCAGGAGUUUGCAGCACUUACUAAAGAGCUUAAUGUAUGCCGAGAACAACUCCUUGAAAGGGAAGAAGAAAUUGCAGAACUGAAAGCAGAAAGAAACAAUACAAGGUUGCUGUUAGAACAUCUGGAAUGUCUUGUAUCCCGCCAUGAGAGGUCUCUUAGGAUGACUGUAGUAAAGAGACAGGCCCAGUCUCCAGCAGGAGUUUCUAGUGAAGUUGAAGUUCUCAAAGCACUGAAGUCUUUAUUUGAACAUCAUAAAGCCCUUGAUGAAAAGGUGAGGGAAAGGUUACGAGUAGCGCUUGAAAGAUGUAGCUUGUUGGAGGAAGAACUGGGUACUACACACAAGGAGUUAAUGAUUUUGAAAGAACAGAACAAUCAGAAAAGAACGCAAGCUGAUGGAAUGCCUGAUAUCAAUCAUGAUCUGGAGAAUACACCUAGCACUAAUGGGAAGAGAUCUUCCAAUGGUUCUUUGAGUCAUGAUGAAGACCUUGCUAAAGUAAUAGAACUUCAAGACAUCAUAGAGAAGCAAACUAAGGAGCAAGCCCAAAUGAAAGAACGGAUCACUGCCCUUUCUAGCAGAGUAGCAGAACUGGAAGAAGAUCUUGAUACGGCUCGAAAAGAUCUAAUAAAAUCUGAAGAAAUGAAUACAAAGUUGCAAAGAGAUGUCAGAGAGGCAAUGGCUCAAAAGGAAGAUAUGGAAGAGAGAAUCACAACCCUUGAAAAACGCUACCUCGCUGCACAACGUGAAGCUACAUCUGUGCAUGACCUCAAUGAUAAACUUGAAAAUGAAAUUGCUAAUAAAGAUUCCUUGCAUCGACAGAGUGAAGACAAGAAUAGGCAGUUACAAGAACGUCUGGAACUAGCUGAGCAAAAAUUGCAGCAAACUCUGAGAAAAGCUGAGACCCUGCCAGAGGUGGAGGCUGAAUUGGCUCAAAGAGUCGCAGCUCUUACUAAGGCUGAAGAAAGACAUGGUAAUGUUGAGGAAAGAUUGAGGCAAAUGGAAGCACAGCUGGAAGAGAAAAAUCAGGAAUUGCUAAGGGCUCGCCAAAGAGAGAAAAUGAAUGAAGAGCAUAAUAAACGUUUAUCUGAUACUGUUGAUAAACUUUUGUCUGAAUCCAAUGAGAGGCUUCAGCUUCACCUUAAAGAAAGAAUGGCAGCCCUGGAAGAUAAAAAUGCUCUUCUUCGUGAAGUUGAAAAUGCUAAGAAACAAAUUGAUGAUCUUCAAAAUGAAAAGGAUCAAUUGGUACUAAGCAUUGAAACAAUGAGAACUGAAAAUGAGCAGUUGAGAAUCAGAGGCUCUUCCCUUCAGCACAGUCGUCCCCAUUUGGGUAGUGUACCAGAUUUUAGAUAUCCUCUGGCACCUUCAGCCCUAGCUGACAAUCAGAUAGAUUCUUAUAGCACCUCAGUUUUAAGACGUCCACAGAAAGGACGUUUGGCAGCCCUGCGAGAUGAACCUUCAAAGGUUCAGACACUUAAUGAGCAGGACUGGGAGCGUGCACAACAAGCAAGUGUAUUGGCAAAUGUUGCACAAGCCUUUGAGAGUGAUGCUGAUAUCUCGGAUGGUGAGGAUGACAGAGAAACUAUAUUCAGCUCAGUUGAUCUCUUGUCACCUAGUGGUCAGGCGGAUGCCCAGACUUUAGCCAUGAUGCUUCAAGAGCAGCUGGAUGCCAUUAACAAAGAAAUUAGAUUGAUACAAGAAGAAAAGGAAAACACUGAGCAACGAGCAGAGGAAAUUGAAAGCCGUGUUGGUAGUGGAAGCUUAGACAACCUUGGUCGGUUUCGGUCUUUGGCCUCUCUUCCUCCUCCUUUUUCCGGUGGUUCCCUUUCUGGCUCUUCUCCACCUGGCAGUGGUCCAUCCACACCACGGCGAAUGCCCCAUAGUCCUGCUCGAGAAGUGGACAGACUAGGUAUCAUGACACUAUCUCCAGUUUCUCGGGAAGAAGUUAGAGAUGACAAGACCACAAUAAAAUGUGAAACAUCACCACCUUCUUCACCUCGAUCUUUGCAUUUGGAUAGAGCCUAUAAAGGAGCCUUACAUACAGUGAGCCAUGAAGAUAUAAGAGAUCUCAGAAAUUCCACAGGUUCUCAAGAUGGACAAGUAAGCAAUCCCAGCAGUAGUAAUAGUAGCCAAGAUUCCCUUCACAAAGCCCCUAAAAAGAAAGGAAUAAAGUCCUCAAUUGGUCGCUUGUUUGGUAAGAAAGAAAAGGGUCGACCUGGUCAAAUCAACAAAGAGAGCUUGGGACAAGUUAGUGUAAUAGAACCUGACAGUUCAACUCAGGAUGGCUUAGGACUUGGAAAGCUGGGAGGACAAGCAGAAAAGAAUAGAAAACUACAAAAAAAGCAUGAACUGCUUGAGGAAGCCCGGCGGCAAGGUCUCCCCUUUGCUCAAUGGGAUGGGCCCACUGUAGUUGUCUGGUUAGAGUUAUGGGUUGGGAUGCCAGCCUGGUAUGUAGCUGCUUGCCGUGCAAAUGUGAAAAGUGGUGCUAUAAUGUCAGCCUUAUCUGAUACUGAAAUACAGCGUGAAAUUGGCAUCAGCAAUCCUCUACAUAGGUUAAAGCUGAGACUUGCCAUUCAGGAGAUUAUGUCACUAACAAGCCCAUCUGCUCCUCCUACUUCAAGAACGACCACAGGAAAUGUCUGGGUAACACAUGAAGAAAUGGAAAAUCUUACAUCUACACCACAAACGACUUUAGCCUAUGGUGAUAUGAACCAUGAGUGGAUUGGCAAUGAAUGGCUUCCCAGUUUGGGGCUGCCUCAGUAUCGCAGUUACUUUAUGGAAUGUCUUGUUGAUGCUAGAAUGCUGGACCACUUAACUAAAAAGGAUCUUCGUGGUCAACUUAAAAUGGUUGACAGCUUUCACAGAAAUAGCUUUCAGUGUGGGAUUAUGUGUCUGCGAAGAUUAAAUUAUGACCGAAAAGAACUUGAAAGAAAAAGAGAAGAAAGUCUAAAUGAGAUUAAAGAUGUCCUUGUCUGGAGCAAUGACAGAAUGAUUCACUGGGUGGUGUCAAUUGGUCUUAAAGAAUAUGCAAAUAACCUCAUAGAAACUGGAGUUCAUGGCGCACUUGUGGCCUUAGAUGAAACUUUUGAUCACAAUGCAUUAGCGCUUUCCUUACAGAUACCCACUCAAAAUACACAGGCUCGUGCUGUGUUGGAGAGGGAAUUCAAUAACCUUCUUGUGAUGGGCACAGACAGGAGGUUUGAUGAAGAUGAUGAUAAAAGCUUUAGGAGAGCACCUUCAUGGAGGAAGAAGUUUAGACCAAAGGACAUAAGAGGUUUAGCUGCUGGAUCAGCAGAGACGCUCCCUGCAAAUUUCAGAGUUACCACCUCAAUGUCUUCACCUUCUAUGCAGCCAAAGAAGAUGCAAAUUGAUGGCAAUGUAUCAGCAACACAAAGAUUGGAUUCUGCUACAGUAAGGACUUAUUCAUGUUAAAGCCUUUCAUUGUUUAUCCCCACUAUUUCUACAGAUGAUCUGAAACAUUUUGAAUUCAAAGACCAUAUUUUGGAAACAACAGAAAUCUUUAAUCUGUUAAUACUUGUUAAAUCAACACUUUGAAAUAUUUUAUUACAGAGUUUUUAAUUAGCAGAUGAAUUUGUGAGUACUAUAGAGAAAGUAUUUUAGAAUUAAAUGUUCUUAUAUUUAUGUAAGUGUAUGUGGGUCCUCAUUACUUAACUUUCUGUAAGCAUUCUCUGAAUCAAAUUCUUGCUGAUUUGUUAAUUUUAGUUUUUCAUCUGAAUGUACUGUAAUACUUGUAUGUUUCCAUCCCUAUAAGCAAUAUAGGGUUUUUGUAAAUUAUGCAGUUAUUGUAAUUAUCAGUAAUGGUUUUUAAUAAAGUGAAGGUGAAAAGGAUUUUGCUAUCUUUGUAAAGGUAUCAUGACACCAAGCAGUAUAUAUAUAUUGCCAUUUGGAAAAUGCUAGCUCUAAAAUUUAAAUAAAUCCCAUUGUUUCAGUGAAGCAUAUGUUUAUUAAUAAAGCAGGCAUGGUACCUGAUUCUAUUUCCGUUCAUAUCUGUACCUUUUCCACAUAGCAUAUGAUUUUAGUGUGGAUUUAUUUAUGUCUUUUGUUCAAUAUAACUUGUGUUACAUUCUAAAAUGUGGGAAUUAUUAAGACACUAUGAAAUAUGUGGGCCUGGUGAGGUCAUUUAUAACUAUUUUUUUGUGGCUGUAUUUGUACAGUCUGUGUUCAUUGACUGAGAAUAAGCCAUAAGUGGAAAUAUUUUUUGUUAACCAGGAAUAGCUCCUAAUACUACUCAGCAGGCAACAAAGAGUGUUCUUCUUCUGUAUUUUGAUGUGAAACUGUUUGCAAAGAGAUACUGAUGCAAUUCCUUUAAGUGGACCAAUCAAGAUGCACUGCACUCUCAUGGCAUAGAUGCUGAUGGCACAAUAAGCUGAAGCAUGUAGUAGUGCAACUAUUAAAAAGGCCUUACUUUUCUUAUUCAUCUUUUGCAUAUAUUUAUAAACAUAUUUUAAAUCCUGGGCAAACUGUUUUAGCCAUUUCAAACAAUAUAAGUACAAAAUGCAUCAUUCAUUUGUUAAAAGCAUAAUAAGAAGCCAGCAAAGAAAACAUUCAGAUUGUGGUGCAUUAUUUAUUAUGCAAUAAUAUGUAGAGCAUGUCUUUUUCUGUUUUUAGUUUUGGUUCUUUUUAAUUGUACAACUGAAAUUCAUUCUGUUUUUUCUAUUAACCUUGUAUGUAUACUUCUGAUUACGUAACAAAUUAUGUACAGUCUAAGUACUUUGAACUAUUUUUAUCACAGUAUUAUUUAUUGCUUUCUUUCAAUAAAGUACUGAAGCAUUUUUUCCACUGCCAAUAAAAUUCUAUUAUCUUGUGA